CAUGGGGCGGGGAAACAGCGGCGGCGGCGGCAGCGGGUUCGGUUGCGCAUAGCGCACGGGGUAGGAGCGGAGCCCAGGCCGGGAACAGGCGCCGCAGCCGCCGCCAAUACCAUGGGGAACGUGUUGGCUGCUAGCUCUCCGCCCGCAGGGCCACCGCCGCCUCCUACGCCGUCCCUCGUGGGGCUACCGCCGCCGCCUCCUUCGCCGCCAGGCUUCACGCUGCCGCCGCUCGGGGGCGGCCUGGGCUCUGGGUCAGGUGCUGGCCGCGGUUCGGAACGGACUCCCGGGGCUGCGGCCAGCGGCGCGGCGGCGGCCUCGGACGAUGGGAGCUGCGGCUGCCUGCCCAACCCGGGGACGUUCGAGGAGUGCCACCGGAAGUGCAAGGAGCUGUUUCCGGUUCAGAUGGAAGGUGUCAAACUUACAGUCAACAAAGGGUUGAGCAACCGUUUCCAGGUGACCCACACAGUAGCCCUCGGCACAAUUGGGGAGUCCAACUACCACUUCGGGGUCACAUACGUGGGGACGAAGCAGCUGAGUCCCACAGAGGCGUUCCCCGUGCUGGUGGGUGACAUGGACAACAGCGGCAGCCUCAAUGCUCAGGUCAUCCACCAGCUGAGUCCGGGCCUCAGGUCCAAAAUGGCCAUCCAGACCCAGCAGUCCAAGUUCGUCAACUGGCAGGUGGACGGAGAGUACCGAGGCUCCGACUUCACGGCUGCCGUCACCCUGGGCAACCCAGAUGUCUUGGUGGGUUCAGGGAUCCUCGUGGCCCACUACCUCCAGAGCAUCACCCCGUGUCUGGCCCUAGGUGGAGAGCUCGUCUACCACCGGCGGCCUGGAGAGGAGGGCACUGUCAUGUCUCUAGCUGGGAAAUACACACUGAACAACUGGUUGGCUACAGUAACGCUGGGCCAGGCAGGCAUGCAUGCGACGUAUUACCACAAAGCCAGUGACCAGCUGCAGGUGGGUGUGGAGUUUGAGGCUAGCACCAGGAUGCAGGACACCAGUGCCUCCUUUGGGUAUCAGCUGGACCUGCCCAAGGCCAACUUCCUCUUCAAAGGCUCAGUGAACAGUAACUGGAUCGUGGGAGCCACGCUGGAGAAGAAGCUCCCGCCCUUGCCUCUGACACUGUCCCUCUGCGCCUUCCUGAACCACCGCAAGAAUAAGUUCCUGUGUGGCUUUGGUCUCACCAUCGGCUGAGCCCUCCCGCCCUUCCUCUGCAGACCACCGCUGGGCCGGCUGCCCUCCCCUCCCCUCCUCUCCCUCUCUCUUGGGGUUGGGGCAGUGGGAAGGAGGGGACCUACCCCAUGUCCGACGAUCCCCAGCGCCAGGGGACAGUGUGCAGGGAGCCUGCGGUCCCGGAGGGAGUUCUGGGAUCUGAAGGGCGCCCAGGCAGAGGCGCAGAGGCGGCUACACAGGCUCAGGGAGGAAAGACUUGAUGUCCCUGUCCUCCUGAGGGCAGCAGAGGAGCGCCAGGCCGCCUGUCGCUUUCCCCUCCACCCCUCCAUAGAAAUCAUGUUUAUAAGUUAUGGAAAACGGGACAUUUUACAGAAAAAAAAACUUAAAAAACAAAAAAUACACAUGGAAAAAAAUAGGA